AUGCCUUCCAAUUCCCGAAGAGGUGGACGCCAAGUGCAAAUUAGAGAAGAUGAAGAAUCCGAAGAAGAAAGACCUCGGAAUAACCAGCGUCGCCGUCGCGCAGCACCAGAGUCUGAAGAAGAAGAAGAAGAAGAAGAAGACGAUGGUGAGGAUGAGGAUGAUGCCGCAGGCGAUGGUAGGGACUUGGAUAGAGAAGACUCUUUAGAUCAAGCCGUGAAAAAAUUGGUCAGAUAUGCUUUGGCGUGCGAAUUCCAAAGAUUACCAAUUACGAGGACCGGUAUUAAGGAGAAGGUUCUCGGGGCACAAUCAAGAACUUUCAGAUCUAUAUUUGAACCAGCACAAGACUCGUUGAGAAUUACAUUUGGCAUGGAAAUGGUUGAACUUCCUGUCAAAGAAAAUGUUACUAUCAAAGGACGAUUAAAGGAGGCUAGCAAAAAAUCAAAAACCACGACAACCUCUUCAUAUAUUCUUACAAGUAUUCUUCCUAUCGAGUACAGAUCGCCCUCAAUCAUCCAACCUUCGAAAGUGGUUAGUCAGUGGGAUGAAGCUACAUAUAUCGGUUUUUACACGACGGUAGUUUCUGUGAUAAUGUUAAGUCCCGACGCUACGAUGACCGACAGCAAACUCAUGUCAGUUCUCAGAAAGUUAAAUGCGGAUUCAAAUAUGCCCAUGGAUAAAACGACUCUGAUCUUCAAAAAGAUGAUGCAACAAAAUUAUAUCAUCCGGACUGUCGAAAAGAACGAUGGAGAUGAGGUUAUCGAAUGGAGAGUAGGGCCUCGUGGAAAAAUGGAGAUUGGUACGAAAGGUGUGCAAGGGCUUGUCAAAGAAGUGUAUGGCGAGAAUGCUCCCGAAGAUCUCGACAAGCGGUUAGAUCGUAGCUUAGGGCUAGGGAAGAGGAAGGCAGCACAUUUAGAAGGUGGAGGAGGGGUGGAGGCGCCUGAACAAAAUGGGGGAUCAAGCUCUAGGAGAGUUUCGAGACGAGGAAGACCACGAAGAGAAGCGGAUGACGAGGACGAGGAUGAGGAUGAUGAGUAA